AUGUCUGGAGAGGGCGAGCGGGCAUCGCGUCCUAAUUCUUUGCUACUUGAAGCCCCGGCACCUGAAAGGGAACCUCUGCAUUUUAAUGUAAAUCUAGUUGGAGCUCCUCCUGAAGUAGAACAACUCGUAAAUAACAUAAAACAAGUUGCAGAGGAUUUCCUGUAUCAUUGGAAAACAUUUCCUAUCGUUUUACCCCAAUCUCGAUUCACCGGGGCAGGAAAUCAUCCUUCAGAUAUUAUAGUUGCACCACCAUGUGAUGAGAUAGAUGCAGCGGCCCUGGAUGCUGGGGUUGAGCCACAUCCUCUAUCACCAAAGCAGCUACAUUCAAUUAGAGAAAGAGGCUGGCACAAGGAAAAAUUUAUGCCGAAGAAGUUAAAUACUAAGCAAUUGGAUACAAUACGCCAAAGGGGCGAGUUCGAAGUCCCGUCCCGACAUUUCCCGGGUCAGACCCACGUAUGGCGCGUAGCUGGAUGGUUGCAACGUGGCAGAAUUCGGGCGAGGGAAGAGCUCUAUCGCCAUAUUGCGAGGGCUGUGGCGCUGAUCGUUGUGGUAGCUAGAGAUAGGCUGUUAAGGGAUGAAGCUAUCUCGGUCGUAGCUGGCGCGAAAGCCUUCCUUGAUGGGCUACACAGGCUUUUAGAUUUAGCUUUUGGUAUGCCUUCUUUGGAAGCCAGAGAUCUAGACAAGAAAAUACGAGAGGAGCGUUCGAGAUAUUUAGUCGCUGAACUUAUAUGCAAGCCAGAGAACCGCGAAGAUGUAGCGGCUUUAGCGGCGUGGGUGACGCGUGCGAUGCGUCGUGCCGCGUCCGAAAAGAGCGACGCGCGGGACGUACAACGCGCCGCUCCGCGCGUUCCGCACAUUUAUACUACGCCGCAGCGGACACAAGUGGAUUUAAGACUGUACAGACGAGAGCUGCUACGCAAAGCCGCUGGGUCUCUACAGGCGAUAUUAGAGCGGGAGUCGAGAGGCUGGUUCCUUCACUUUCGCGAAAAGAGAGCGGCUCAUCUUGCGAGCCAGAAGGUGCCUAUCAAGGAUAUUGAAGAGGAAGUAUCAACGGCCGCUAUGCGCGAGUACGUAUCGCGCGUGUGCGCAGGCGUGAUGUCGUGUACGCAACUGGCGUCUCUGGGCCCGAACGUUCCCGAACUGCUCGCCGAACAAUUGCGAGCGGCCGCCGCCAUCAAUAGGGCUCAAGAAGGAGUUCGCCGUAAACUAGAAGCCGGUCUAGCAACAGCCGAGGCUAGACUUCGUGCUUCCCAUCCAAUACUGUCGCGCGCGGACGCCUGGCGUAAAGAGAGAUUGGCCCUUGCUGCGCAGAGGUUAAAGGACGAAUUGAGAUGGACCGGUAUGGAGGAUGCGGCAGCAGCGAUGCAAGCCCAUAAAUUACAUCAGCAUAGAUACUUUUUGCUUCGCGAUCUGACGUUUAUGAGGGAUCGGGAGCCUCUGCUUUUAAAGGAACUCCGGGCAGCGAAAACUCCUACCCGCGAAUUUUCUUGGGCUACCCGUAUCUGGUUGCCUCGCAAUUGGGCUGUGAUACGUCACUUCCGAGGCCGAUCGGAAAGGAUACCGACGGUUAUCAGUAGCCGCGCUACUAAUAUUGUAACGCCGCGGUCUGAUCCGUCCCAACCGGUGUUCCUUGCUGAUAGGGAAAAGGUCCGGUCUACGAGCACGAGGUGGCCGGGGUGGAGGCUGCUCAAUUUUGCCCACAGAACUUGGUGCUGGACCUGGAACAUAAUGUUCCUCUUCGGUGUAAUGGUUCCUUGGUGUUCGCCGCUCUCUCUACGCACUUUGCUCUGUGUCAAACCGUUCGUACCUGACUUGGAAUUGUCACAGGUGAACGGAACAUUGUUCCCGAAACGCAGCAGCGAGACUCAGACGAUGUGGUCUCGUCUGCUGCAGCUGUGGCGACAUGUCUCCAAGGAACGGACCAGAUUCGAGACGGAGCCUGAUACAGGUCUUUUAGGCAAGGGUCUAUCCAGACAAGCCAACCGUGUAUGGAACUAUGGUAUUGUGGGGGGAGUGGGCUCGCUCGUCUUACUCCUUCUGUUUCCGAUCGCGGCGUUGCUAGCAAGUCUGAUAGCGCUGGCAAUCGCAACGACUGUACCAUUUUGGAUGCCUUUUGCCGCGUUGACUGUUCACGCGGCGAAUGCCUUGAUAUAUGAGGUCGACUCGCCUGAUCCGCAUGGACUUAAUAGGUGGUUUGUGCUCCUGGAAGUGGUAUUAUGGCGUAUUGCGAUAUUGGGAUUAUUGCAGCCGGUUCUCGCUGUGGUGGUCGCCGUACUGUUGUGCCCCAUUGCUGCAUUUAUACUGCUUAUUGGUGGGGUGGGAUGGUGGAGUAUCCGCGGUGUAUGGGAGCGAGCUUCCUGGCGUUGGGUCAUCGUGAGAGGGGCGCGUGUGCCUGCUCAUGACUCUGCUUUUUGUACACGCGUCGCUGGACCCGGAUUCCAUGCGCCUGCGUCUUAUCAGAUCACCGCCGCACAAGCCCUAGCGGCGGUAUGCGCACGCGCAGAAUGCGAACAACUAAACGCGUGGGGUUCGCAAUUGGAAGCCGCGGUUGAACGACCGUUGAGGGACUACCGUCAUUUCGUGGACGCCUGUUUUGGACCAUUUUCCGUUCAAAUUGCUAAGACAGGAGCCUAUAAGCAGUUAGAGAAGGAAUGUAGCGAGCUGGUGGCUUCUGGUCGUGAGAAGUUGGCAGCUCGACGCCGGGAUCUCGCCCUUGGACUAAGUGACGCUGCCAGGGCGAGGGUCAGGAUGCCUGCGCAAGAGUUGAGGAAAGCGAUACACGCGUCAGCCCUAGAGUUGGCCCGAAUGUUCGGCCACGCGGCUCGCGGUGAAGAGUGGUGGACCGCGAGGGGACUGGAACCAGGCGAUUGGCACGCCUUGGCCGCUAAUACGCUCGUGGAGGUGUUCGAUGCGGAAAUCCUAAUGGCCCUAGAAGAGGGUGAGGCGCGCCUGUCCCUAGACGCAGGUCCGGGCGUGAACACGUGGGCAGGGCGCUGUGCCAGGGACCACGCCCCGCCUGACGUUCUCGCUGAGAGAGAUGAUUGGGGUAUUGCGCCUGGUAUGUGGGGAGAAUGGGGCGGGUCAGCUCUUCCACGAGUGCCGGCGCCAUCUUUGGAAGCUAGUGCGUUUAGCCCCCGCGCCCCUCACUUGCCUCCAGUGCCACACCCUGCCACUGUAGCCCUAGUACUACAUAAUAGAGAGUCUGAUAACCCAGUACCAUUAGAGACAGAACUGUGUGUGGAAAUACUUCGCGGGCUAGAAGACGCACCUGACUGCGACGAUAAAAGAGAGGGUGUAGAAAGAUACCGCGGUGGUGGGAGCGAGGCCAGCAGCGAGAGCAGUGGCUCCAUCUCGCCUGACGAGGAACGGCUUCCGGAAACGCCAGACUCUGCGCUUUGCAGAAUAUCUCCAAGCGCAGAGCGCGCGGCGUGUCGUUGGACAUUGACGGGUCGAGGUGUUCGCCUGAGGGCGGACCUGGCCAGUCCCGAAGACGUCACAUUGGACACCGACCGACACGGCACGUCCGUCUGA